AUGGAACAAAUUGAAGUGACUUGGACGCCAAUAUUAAACGCUUGUCAGGAUGAUUUUAUUGGUAUCUAUUUUGUAGAAACACCAAUUUUUACAGGUAUAUUAUAUAUGCUAUUUACAUAUGGUGUUUGUGAUUAUGUUGGCUAUGCAUUUGUGCAAAACCAAAGUAGUGCAUCAUGGGAGAUGAUCCAUCUACGUCGACCACUUGAAUUUCGUUAUUACUCACGCGAUCAACAUUGUUCAGGUAACUAUUCGUUUGUCGCCAAAUCAUCCGUUGUUCGCCCUCUUAACUAUAACGAACCAACACAGAUCCAUUUAGCAUAUGGUGAUCAAAUCGAUCAAAUAUUUGUUUCAUUUGUCACUAAUUCAAAUGCUCUUACACCACGGUGCCAAUAUGGAUUGCAUCCAUCAUCACUGGAAUGGGAGACUAAUGGUACAACAGUCACUUAUACAGCAUCGGACAUGUGUGAAGGGCGAGCUACUGUAUGGGGACCACAAAACUUCAUCGAUCCUGGCUUUAUGCAUACAAUUUUACUACAUAGUCUCCAUCCAACAACUACGUAUUUCUACCGAGUAGGUACUGAUGAAAAUGGCUGGUCAUCAGUAUACUCAUUUACUAAUCGUCCAGCAAAUGACGAUUCAGAAGUGAAUCUUAUUGCUUAUGGUGACAUGGGAUUGGCGCCAUUUGCAUCGGGUGCUAAAUCAACUCUCGAUCGAAUACGAGCACGAGUGAUGUCGACUAAUAUCACUUGUCUGUUACAUAUUGGUGAUAUCAGUUAUGCUAUGGGUAUCGCUGUUUUGUGGGAUGCAUUCAUGUCUCAAAUACAAUCAAUUGCAGCUCGUGUACCAUACAUGGUUAGUAUUGGAAAUCAUGAAUAUGAUUAUAUUACUGGCAGUGACAAGGAUCCAAGUGGAGCACCAGGUCCUUUUCGUCCUAAAUGGGGCGAUUAUGAUACUGAUUCUGGUGGUGAAUGUGCUAUUCCUAUGACGCAUCGUUUUCAUUCCCCAUCUAAUGGCAACGGUCUAUUCUGGUAUAGUUUCAAUGUUGGCCCCAUUCAUUUUGUUAUAUAUUCGAAUGAACAUGACUUUCAUCGUGAAUCACCACAAUAUAUUUGGUUAGAACAAGAUCUUCAAUCAGUGAAUCGUUCUCGUACACCAUGGCUUAUUGUUAAUUCACACCGUCCCAUGUAUUCAUCGCAAAUAAUUGAUCCACCUUAUUUGAUUAUAUUAAUGUUACAAUUAUAUUUAGAACCAUUAUUUUAUAAAUAUCAUGUUGAUAUUAAUUUUUAUGCGCAUUUACAUUCGUAUGAACGAACUUGUCCAAUGUAUCAAAAUAGAUGUGUUCAUGAUGGUAUUACACAAGUUUUAAUUGGUAUGGCUGGACAAGAGGUUGACCCUUAUCCAUAUACAGGUGCAGAAUGGAGUAUCUAUCAUGAUGAAGAAUAUGGCUACACACAAUUGUGGGCUAAUCGAACCUAUUUGAAAUUUACGUAUUAUCAUGAUGCUAACGAUGCUAUUGCCGAUGAAUUUGUGCUUCAGAAGUAA